GUGACUCUCGUAAUCAGUUUAAGUUUACCCAAAGAUGCAUUUAUCUGAGUUUCCCGCGAUUUUCGUUUUCCUUUGCCUCUUUUCAUCGGCUUUUUCACAGUCCAGCGAUGGAACCUAUUCGACCUAUUUGGCAACCGAACAUGGCAAACGAUCCGUCGCCAAGUUAUUAAAGUCUGUACAAGUUGUGGACGACUUUGCGUGUGUUCGGGAGUGUACUCGCGCCGAGGGAUCGUGCACAUCCGUGAAUUUCUACAAAGACAGAGACUCUGAUGGCAAGCACCUUUGCGAGUUACUCACGGACGACAAGAAACAAUGUAAAGGUGAUACCAACCUGAUAAAAGAUGCCGAAGUCGACUUUAUCAGAGUCAAACAACAUCCGCCCUUGCUUCCGUCUUGUGCUGAGAUCCAAUCAGAACACUGCGAUCUCACUAGCGGCAUAUUCCCCAUCGCCCUCACCCCCUGUCAUCCCCUCGACGUCUACUGCGACCUGGGCACUAGCGGAGGAGGCUGGACUGUCAUCCAGAGGCGCGUGGACGGCUCGGUAGAUUUCUACCGAGGCUGGGACAAGUACAAGCGGGGGUUUGGUGACAAGGAGGGAGAGUUCUGGCUUGGCCUGGAUAAUAUCCACGCUCUGACGUCACAGAGGCGGUACCGUGUGCGCUUUGACUUGGAGGACUUCGAGGGGAACACCCGCUACGCCGAGUACGAUGACUUUAGAGUUGGUGAUGAGGCGGCAAAGUACCAACUUGUUUCAAUUGGUACAUACUCAGGUACAGCUGGUGAUAGUCUCACCUAUCACAAAGGCAGUUAUUUCUCGACGCGAGAUCGCGAUAACGACGCGUUCCGUGAUUCUUGCGCAUUACAACAUGAAAGUGCAUGGUGGUUUAAAUCAUGCGUUCAAAGCCAUCUGAACGGCCUUUACCACGUGACCUCAUCUAACGCGGUAACUUCACAGGGGAUAAUCUGGAGACACUGGCAUGGUUAUAGAUACUCACUCAAGAAAUCAGAAAUCAAAGUGCGACCUUAUUAGGAACCGACCAUUUGAUAUUUGACGGGGAGGUAACAGUUUUUUUUCUUUUUUAUUUCUCGUAACCCGAGUGUCAGGCCUUUAUUUUGUUUCCUAUGAAGUAUCUUCCUCCAAUUUUAGGAAAACAAAUUAAAUCGUAUGAAACUCAGGCUAUUUAUUUCGAGGUUGGUCACUUGAUUUUUUUUUUCUUGAAAUUUUCCUGUCCUUAGCCGAUUUUUUUCUAGAGAUCAUGGCCUGCUUAUCAUUAUUUAUUCAUUUUAUUUCUUUUAGGGUGGGGUAUCUCGUUACUGAACCGUCGAUACCAUAUGGUCUGUCCCUUAAAACCCACUAACCGGCAUGCUUGGUAAUUGUUUUCUGUUUUAAAAACC